AUGGAGUGCUCUGGACGCUUCCGUCUUCUUAAGGCCGCCUUGCUAAGGGCUGGAGCCCCAAAUUAUCGGCUAAAUCAGCUUUUUCAGCAGGUGUAUAGAAGGAAAGUCACUGCAGUAGCCGACCUUAAGGUCCUUGGGAUUCAGGCACAAAGCACAAUCGAGAGGGAGUUUGGCUCAGAUUUGCUAACACUAAAAUGUGCCUCCAUAUCUGAGGCCCCGAGGGCCACAAAGGUGCUUUUUGAGUGCAAAGAUGGAGUCAGAAUUGAAGCAGUGGCCCUCAAGUUCUCCACUCAUACCUCUCUGUGCAUUUCGUCACAGACACAAUUAGUACACCCAGUCAGGAUUAGUGCAGAGUGGGCAGGUACUCGAGUUAGUUGCUGUAAAUAUUUGCGGGUUAUUGAACAAAAACUGCCAGAAAAUGAGGCUGCAACAGGACCGAUUAACUUGUGCAUGUGUUGUCUUGCAGGAAAAAUUGGCUUUAAGCGACAGUUGACUGUCGAUGAAAUCACUGACCAGGUGCUGUACUUUCAAUCUAAAGGUGUGCACCCAGGUUCAAUUUCUUUCAUGGGCAUGGGAGAACCCCUGAUGAACCCCCGCGUAUUCGAUGCCAUCAAGUUGCUAGCGGACCCUCGGGCUUUUGGUAUUUCAGCACGGCGUCUGAGUAUCUCUACCUCGGGGGUUCUGCCUGGAAUUAAGAAAUUGAACGAGGAGCACCCACAGGUCCCAGCAAAUCGCAUGUAUCCUUUCCCCGAGGUUCUCGAUCUCCUCGAUGAACGAAUUGCGUUAACAGGGCGUCGUGUCUGGAUUGCCUACUUGUUGCUUGAAGGCCAGAACGACUCCGCUGAACAUGCAAAAGCCCUUGCAGCACUUCUACGGGAGCGCAGAAUAGAAACGAGACAUUUGUACCAUAUAUCUCUGAUAGCAUACAAUGAGGCAAAAGGUGUAUCACCCUCCUUGCGGCGCGCUGAGAACAAACGACUUGAGCUGUUCGAGGAAAUACUUGACAACUCCUCCAUCUCGCAUUCCCGCAGGCACUAUUUUGGAAGGGAGAUCGAUGCUGCAUGCGGUCAGCAGUUUGCCGCAUACGACCCCGAUAACAAGCGCCUCACUCAUGAUAUGUCGGCGACUUCGUAA